AUGCUCGCACUAUAUUCAUAUUAUAAUCAGGUGUAUUCUGAUAGUGAAGUUUACUUUGCCAAAUUACAUAAUUUUUCAGACUUAAAGUCGGCAGAUGAUCGCCUUGAAGUUGAUCUCCUUCAUUCGGCAGAUGCUGCUGCUCGGCAAUCGGCUCAGCGCUUAAGCGAAUUGGACUGGUUGAAACGUAGUUUGGCUUGGCGCGAACGCCUUCAAGAAGAUAUUAUUUGGACUGAAGAAAGGCUAGCAACGCUUCAAGGAAAGGCUGGAAAAGAGGCUGGAGAACCAAUUACUUCAGAGGCGAGAGAUUUGCAACGGGCCCGGCGUAUGAUGAGACAGCACCAGGUAGGCCUAUAUGCUUAA